AUGCCGUCGGAGCUUCGGCGCCGGGCGGUAAGUGUACAGAGGGACGGCGUUCGCCGAACUAAAGCUUGGGCGAUCAAUCGGCUGCCAAACGCACUACUCCUCACGACGAUCGUUUAUAGGUACCUCCGCAUGAAGACGUCCACUCGCCUCAUCCCUUUGUCAAAGGCGCCAAGUGCCAGCGCUCCCGGUUCGGUUCGCCUGGCCACAGUGGCCCAAGACCAAGAAGCCCCGACGACGAUUGUUUGUGGAAUGACGGCCACCCAUACCUCCAAGAACGACCGCUUUGAUGACGCCGCUUGA